AUGAGAGUAAACACCAUUCUAUGGGGGUUAUUUGUCACCUUUGUCAUUGGGGGUGAUGGAGGAGAUGUCUCUGAUGAGAAGGAGACUUCAAUUACUCCUAAGGAGAAAACUCCCCCGGAAUCAGUGGAAAUGCCUGAAGCUCUUACAAUUAAUGAUUUCGAUAAAAUUACAAGUGAACAGUUGUCAUUUGUUGAGUUUUUUUCACCAUACUGUAGUCAUUGUAAGCAACUAGCACCGACUUGGGAGAGAACGUAUAAGAACUUCUAUGAUGACUUGAAGUCCAUGAAUGUUCAAAUGAGACAAGUUAACUGUGUUGAAAGUGGUGAUUUAUGUGAGAGAGAGGAUGUUUUUGGAUACCCAAGUUUAAGAAUUUAUGCUCCUGUUCAUGAUAGGGAGACAGGCCAAAUGACAGGUAAAUCCAAAUUGAUUUCAGAUUAUCCAAGAUCAUUAGUAAGAACUGAAGAAAAUUUCAAGAAAUUCGUUAGAAAUGCUGUAGCUGAUUAUGAUACUGGAUCGGUUGAUUUACCUUCAGCUUCAAGAGAAUUGACCCCCGAUAGAUUAUUACAAUUGAUUGGUGGUAAAGCUGAACAACCUGAAUUUGUUAUGUUCUACCCAGGGACAGAAAAACAAUGGAAAGAUAGUGAAGCUGGUAGAAGUGGAUUUUCUAAGACUUGUUAUAAUUGUAUGGAGAAUAAAAGAUUAUGGGAUAAGUUUUCCAAUACCGUUUUAACUACGGUUGGUACCAACCAUUUCAGUUGUGUAACUCAUCCUGAAAUGUGUGCAAAUUUGGGUUUGAAGUUAUCUGAUCCAACAAGAAAUCCCCCACCUAAAUUCAUGAUGUUUUUACCUGAAAAAGUUGGAAAGAUCAGAUUCGAUUACAAGGGACCUAUAAGUAUUGAGAGUCUAAAAGCAUUCGCUUCAGGAUUAUAUAAAAACUCACAGUAUGAAAUUGUUUCUCCUAAGACCUUAUCAGAAAUUAUGGACUUUAGAAAAUCUUUACCCAAAGAACCUUUGAAUUCAUUUUAUCCUUUACCUAACAAAAUAGCUAUUGUGUUUUAUUAUGAUCCAAGAACUGUCACUGAUGAAGAUAGAGCCAUAUUACCUUAUUUGCUUGAUUAUGUCACCAAUUCACCUUUUAAUAUCCAUUUAUAUACUGCUAAGAGUAUCAAAUAUGAAGGAGCAUUGAAUGCUCAAGCAGGUAAUAUUCUUGAAUACAUCAAAACUGAUGACCAAGAAAAGAAACCUUUUAAUAAAGCAAGAUAUUUAAGUACCACCUUGACAACUAAACCAACCAUCUUUGUUAUCAAGGAUAAUACCUUAUUCACAUCUGUAUUCCAAAGUUAUGCUCCUGAAGAUAUUAGAGAUGAAAAGAAGGUUAUAGAUUUCAUUGAAAGUAAUAAAUUCCCAUUAUAUCAAGAGUUAACACCUCAAUUAUAUGAAUAUUAUUUCCCUGAAAAGGCUCCAGCUUCCAACAAAGUAGUGGUAACAUUUAUAGACUCACAGAACGCUAAAAAGACCGACGAAAUAUUGUAUCAAUUGUCUUUAGCUGCUCAUGAAUAUCAUGAACUCAAGAACGAAUAUUAUUUCGAUGAUUUAUUAAGUAAAAGAAAUGCUAAAGCUCAAAGAGUAGCUGAAUUGAAGAAACAAAAUGCCAAUAGCGUAGCUAUUAUCAAAGAAAUGAGGAAAGAGAUCCCCCACUUGUAUGAUAACAACGGUGUAUUAUUUACAUUCAUUGAUAUUGCCCAAAAUCCAACUCUUGCUAACGAUCAUGGAUGGAAUAUUAACAGUAAAGAUUAUAAACCAGGGGAUUCAAUUGUUGUUUCACAAGAUAAAUCUUAUUAUUGGGAUCAAACUAUUUCUGGUGAAGAUUUGACUGAAAAUAGGAAAUCAUUGGUCGAUAUUUUGACCUAUUUAUUGGAUCCUAAAUUGAUUACCACAACACCAGUUUCCAUCACUAAGAAAUUAGUAGCAAGUCCAUACCCUAAAUUUAUGAGACCAAUGGAUCAUGUUCACGAAAAAGGUCUCUUAGGUUAUGGAUUUAUCAUAUGCUUGAUCAUAGCGGUUUUCAAAUUUGUCAACAGACCUAAAAAGGCAAGUGGUCCUAUAAUAGGAAAUUUGGAUAAAGCCGAUUAA